AUGUGUUUGCUUAUCGUUGCCGCAGUGCUAAUCAUCACUCCAUUCAGUUUUGGUGGGAUAAGCAAGCAAAUGCCAUUAACACUGACUGAUAUUACGGAUAAUACCUUGUUGGGUUCGGUAGAAUCAAUGGAAUGGUUGGAUAGUGAUCAAAUUGUGAUCAAAACUAUCGAUUCUAUCAAAAUAAUCAAUACUUCAGGACUACUGAUGACAACUAAUUACUACACUCGAAAUGAUGCCUUAAACAGACAAGGACGUGUUAGUCAGUUUAGUUUUUCGCACGAUGGUUUUUACAUAGCUCUCGCGUACAACAAUGACGGAUUCAUCAUAUUUUUAUUAAUAAGUUUUUGUCAGAGUUCAGCUUGUUAUAGAACAUUUGAACCGAUUGGUCCGGAACGAACAGGUGAUGAAUUACUGCAAACAUUCGUGUGGAACCCAGCAUCCAAUGAUUUUGCAUUUGUUCAUAGCAAUGACAUUUAUUACUGUGAAAAGCCUAAAAACGGACAAGUACACAGAAUCACUCGAGACAGUCACACUUUCAUAUACAACGGUGUUGCUGAUUGGAUUUAUCAGGAGGAAAUUUUCGGCAAUAAUGUGGGCUUGUGGUGGUCUAAAUCGGGUGAUUACUUGGCUUAUAUCAGAAUUGAUGAUCGUAAAGUGCCUCAAAUACAGUAUCCAUUAUUCUAUCAUCAGCAAUAUCCAACAAUUAACAAGAUACCGUAUCCUAAGACGGGUGUAAAAGAGUUACCAGAAGUAACUUUGCAUAUUUGGAAGAAAAGAACUAGGCAAUCUCGAGAAAUGAAGAUUUCAAUUCGACGUCAAAGUCUAAUAACUUACCUGUUUUCUGCAUCGUGGAUAUCUCUUUAUGGCAAAGAUUUGUUGAUGGCUGUCUUCGCCAACAGAUACCAAAAUAUCUCUUCGAUUACAAUUUGUACCUUCGACUCCGCGCAGUGUCUAUUGAAUUACGAUCAGCACUACAGCAUUGCUGGACACAGUCUUUGGGCUGAACCUGAAGAUCAUCGCAUAAAAUAUUAUUCUAGUGAUUCAUACUUUAUCAGUUUGCCAAGCUAUUCAGCAUCUGGUGGAAUAUUUACACAAAUUGCUAGAGUUACCGUUCCUGUAAGUACACAUUUACGUAGUUAUGACGUUGCAGCAAUUGUUGGUUAUGAUGAAAAGAAAGAACUUGUAUACUUCAUGGCAGCAUCGCCACUGCCGUCGCAGCGACAUCUAUACGUCACAUCUACUAAUUCAGUAAGCAUAACUUUAAGCAGGAGUAAAGCUGUUAAUGGUGACAAUGUGGCAAUUUGUGUAACUUGCAGCAUUGCUCCGAAUUGUACGUUUCAAGACGUGAUGUUUUCACGUGAUAUGGAUAAAUAUAUCUUGAGUUGUAGAGGUCCUGGUACUCCUCGAGCUUACCUAUCGUCUAUCUCAUCCAAUAAUUCAUUAACUGAAGAGCUGACGGAUUGGGAAAAGUUGAAUCAACGCUAUAAUGAAAGAGCACUUGCCACUACUCGAUUUGAAAAUAUCACCUUGCGCAGCGGAUAUGGUAGAAAAUUUCCAUCUACUUCCUCAUGCAGUAUAAUGAUUCGAAUGGAAAAACUGAGAAAAGUUGCAGUUGCGAGAGUGAAAAUGUUACUUCCAUCAAAUUUCGACCAAACCAUAUUGGAUGCUAAAUAUCCAGUAGUUGUUUCUGUAUAUGCUGGACCAGGCUCUCAAAAGGUCACGGAGGAAAUGACUCCAAAUACAUUAGAUAUGUUUUUAGCAUCUAACGUCAAAUAUGUUGUUGUUUUUAUUGAUGGUCGAGGUUCUGGAAUGAGAGGUUGGAAAUACAAAGAACCAAUAUAUGGCCAUCUUGGUUCAGUAGAAGUUGAUGACCAACUUGAAGCAACAAAAAUAUUGGCUGCCAAACAUCACUUUAUUGACUCCAAGCGAAUCGCAAUUUGGGGAUGGUCUUAUGGUGGUUUUGUGGCAGCUCACGUAGUUGAGCGUGAUACCAAACAAAUAUUCAAAUGUGCUGUUAGCAUAGCGCCAGUAACUAAUUUCAAGUUAUAUGACGCAACGUACACGGAACGUUAUAUGGGAGGAGCGAGUGAAAUUUCAUAUGAACAUGCUAGUAUUGUUAAGAAUGUUACAAUGUUCAAACGGGUCAUGUUUCUUCUCGUACAUGGGAUAGCUGAUGAUAAUGUGCAUCUACAGAAUUCCGCUCAACUGAUUCGAGCACUCGGUGAAGAGAACAUACAGUUUCAGUUGAUGGUAUAUCCAGAUGCAAGUCACAGUCUGAUUUGGUCUCGACUUCAUUUGUUCACUAUGCUGAUCGAAUUUUUUGAAAAAUGUUUCCGGCGCUAA